AUGUGGAACCCAGUUCUAUACUUGGCUGCCUUUGCAGCUUUUCCUGCAGUUUUCGGACAGGAAGCGAGAAUUAUAAACGGAAACCUGGUUGAUACUCUGAGGAGGUUUCCCCAUCAUGUAACGAUCAAAAUAGGCGACGACUUCUGCAGCGGAUCAAUUAUAUCUGACAAAUGGAUCUUAACAUCGCUAAGCUGUGUUGACAAAGGGAUUGAAGGAAAGGAAUAUCAAAUAAUGUUUCACCGCAGGUACCUCUGGGAUAACCGCGACUCUUUCUCUGUAAGUGUUCCUGAAUCAGCCGUGACCCGCUACCCGACAGGAUAUGAUGACAUAGCGCUCAUCAAACUGCCCAUCUACUUAGUGUUCACCGACGAAAUUAAACCAAUCAAACUGGGAGGAAAGCCCUUCAAUGACUUGGUGGUAAUGGCCGGGUUUAAUGAUUAUUCCUCAAAGGAUCUGACCUACGGAAUGUUUGCGUUGGCUUCAAAGAAUGUAUGCAAAAGGGACUAUGGUUCGGAAUUCGAUGAGUAUCUUCAACUGUGCACUCUCGGCUGGAGGAAUAACAACCAGGCUCCAUGUACCCAUGAUGAGGGAGGCGGUUUGGUUACUGGAUGGCCAACGCAACCGCGAUUGAUAGGAGUCCUUUCACGAAGUACGUCGUGUAAAGAAGCCGCACCGGCUGUUUUCACCGAUGUCAAUAAAUACUUAGAUUGGAUGAUUAGUGUAACAGGGAAUGAUUUGUUGAUUGAGUGGGAUAAUUGA